AUGAUACAUUAUAUAUUGAGACAUAACCUCGAAAUCGAAUAAAACUUUUUUGUGUAGUGAGUUGUAAAUAAAAAUUAGAAAUAGAAAUUAGAAUGACUUAAAGCCAUUUAAAAUGGUAUUCCUUAAUAGAACAUGGUUUGCAGUUAAAGAAUUUAAACGCCCUAGAAAAUACCUUACAAGUAAGUUCAUAGAUACAGUGAGAAUUCAUGUAAAAGGAGGCACAGGCGGCAGCGGGAUACCUAAAUUUGGAGGACUCGGAGGACAAGGAGGAUGUGUUUACUGCGUAGGCAAAGAAGAGGCCAACUUAAGGUCUAUUAUGCAUAAAUAUCGGGGCAAAAGUAUUAUUGCGGGACAUGGAGAAGAUAGUCGUAAAACAAAGAUAGUGGGUAAUCCCGGGGCAGACGUAAAGCUAGAGGUCCCACUGGGUGUCACAGUAUACGGAGAAGAUGGUCGUGUACUGGGAGCAAUUGACAAAGAAGAUGAAAUACUGAUAGUAGCACGUGGGGGUCCUGGUGGGACAAAAGAAAAUAAUUUUCUUGGACAUUUUGGUCAAAUACAUCACAUACGGUUAGAUUUAAAAUUGAUUGCAGACAUUGGGCUCGUAGGGUUUCCAAAUGCAGGAAAAAGCUCCUUGUUACGAGCUAUUUCAAGAGCCAAGCCAAGAAUAGCAAAUUAUCCUUUUACUACAAUAAAACCUAAUAAAGGAAUUAUACAGUAUGGGGACUUGCGGCAAAUAUCAAUAGCAGAUCUACCUGGCCUUAUAGAGGGUGCUCAUAUUAAUGUAGGAUUAGGACACAAGUUCUUGAAACAUGUAGAAAGAACUAAACUUUUACUAUUCAUAGCUGAUGUACAAGGCUUUAAGUUAAGCCAUAAGUAUCCAUUUAGGUCAUGCUUAGAAACAAUAAUGCUCUUGAAUAAAGAGUUGGAGCUUUAUGAUGAAGAGUUGUUGGACAAGCCAGCAAUAUUAGCUGUCAAUAAGUUGGAUUUGCCACAGGCAAAUGAGAAAUUUCUAGAAGUUAAAGAAGCUUUAAAGAAUAUGAAUAAAGUCAUUCAGAAUUUACCAGUAGAAAUAAAACCAAAUAAAAUUAUUCAAUUUGAGGAUAUAAUAGGUAUAUCAGCCUUGAAAGGUGAAUCUAUAGAAGAGCUCAAACACUUGCUGAGGAAACAUCUAGAUGAAUAUGCAGAGGCUAACAACCCUGAUAUAGUUGAUGCAAGUACCCUUUUGAGGAGGAAUAGAGCUAUUGUGGGGGAAAGAGGCUCUCAAGUGACUUAAUAGUAUAGUGCUAAGAAAUUAGCUUGUUUGUAAAUAAAUUGAUGUAUAAACUUGAGAAA